AUGGACGAGCUCUUACUAUCAAGCGUCAACGUUAAGAUCUUACGGCGCAAGCCUGUUGGCUCUUUGUUCAACCCCGAGUUCUCGCUAAUGCGCUCUCCUGGAUUUUUUACUACCGCAACCGCCAUCCAGCUCCGACAGAUCCAUGACGAACCGGACGAGGGUCACGCUGAGUUGACCCCGACUUCAUACUCAGACGGGCCAAGCCAAGUCGACGUCCGCGUAUCUGAUCGCCGACUCACGGUAGCUCACGGUUCUAGCUACGAGCUCAGGGGUUGUCUUCUUCAUCAAGGACGUCAGACUUCAACGAACCCGGAUUACUCGCGCAUACACCGACCUUCGUCUUGGUGCACUCACAACCUGGUUGCGAACAAGUCCAACCUAGAGGAACUAGAACACGUCGCUGGGUCCAUGUACAUGGGCCGUUCGGAGAGUCCUGACGGAUAG